CUGGUGUGCUCCUGCCUGGCCUCAACCAUACAAAAAUAGACGGGAUCCACUACCUAAGAUGUCAUUGUAACGUUCCUUAUCUGAGGUGAAACUGAAGCCCUUAUCUUUGAAACUAAACGGCAACUAAGUGCCUCAGUUGCCUUUUAAAGGCAUCAGUUCUUUGGAUUUGAUCCUUGAAUACUAAACAUCAUGAGCAACUACAGUGUGUCUUUGGUUGGCCCGGCUCCUUGGGGUUUCAGACUUCAAGGGGGCAAAGAUUUCAACAUGCCUCUGUCUAUCUCUCGGCUUAACGACGGUGGAAAAGCAGCCCGAGCACAAGUGGGGAUAGGUGAUGUGGUUCUCACCAUUGACGGGAUAAGUACAGAUGGGAUGACUCAUCUAGAAGCACAAAACAAGAUCAAGGCAUGUACAGGCAAUUUGAACAUGACUCUGCAAAGAGUGGCUUCUGUAACAAAACCUGAUCUUAUUCAUGUACCCAAGGGAGAACCUACAGAAGUAGUUAAGCCUGUACCCAUUGCCUCUGCUGUUGCACCCAAAGUCACUGCCACAGCGAGCGUGGCUUGCAAUAAGACACCGAGACCGUUUGGAGCUGUAACCUCCUCCAAAGUCACCUCCAUCCCAUCACCGUCCUCCGCCUUCACCCCAGCCCAGGCGGCUGCCACCCCAGCCCCGUUUGCUGCACCCGGACUGCAUGUUAACUCCAAGCCUAACACUGAGCAGCGAUCGCCUGCGCCGAGCGCUGCUAAACCUGCAGUUAAUAUCCCACGGCAGCCCGCUGUGCAAAAUGCCGCCCCGAGUGCCUCCGCCGGCGAUGGCACCCAGGAUGUAGCUGAGGGGCUACGACGAGGAUUGAGAGAAAACCAGGGGGAGAGUAAACAGCAAAAUGGGAAAAACCCACCCAAACGCCCUCCACGGAAACACAUCGUGGAUACCUAUACAGAGUUUUACCACACACCCACCCACAGUGACGCCAGCAAGAAGCGACUGAUCGAAGAUACUGAAGACUGGCAUCCCCGGACAGGCACCACUCAGUCCCGCUCCUUCCGCAUCCUUGCCCAAAUCACUGGCACUGAUCAUAUGAAAGAACCAGAACAGGAAGCUGCAAAGAAGACUAAGAAAAGCCAAACAGAAAGUGGAGACUUCAGGAAACCUGCAGAUCUCCCUAAUGGAGCAGGAGCCCAGGAUGCCUGUGUUAAUCUGAAUAAAAACUCCAUAGCUACCCAGGCUUUGGAGAUCGCACCUGUAUCAGACUUUCCAUCCACACCUUUACCACCUAUGAGUGAAAACAGUGCUAGACCAGAACCUGCAGCCACUCUUCUGCCAAUAGCAGAGUCCUUCCCUGGCAGUGUCCCCUCUCCCAGACUUUCCGAACACAUUCCAGCAGCAUCUCCUGGGAGGAAAAUAACUGUGGAGUUGCCUGCUCCAGAUGCAGCAAGCCUUUUGACAGCUGAUAAAGAACCUGCUCUCCCCGUGAAGUGUGCUGUGGCCACACAGACCUCUGAGUCUUCUCUGUCCACCGCCGUAGUCAUGCAGCCACCUUCGGCAGCCCCACCUGUGGAAAUGGCCGUCGUGCUGUCUCCUAUUCCUGCCAGGCUUGAAGCAUCUCUGCAUUCAUAUGAAACAAAUUCUUUCAGUAAAAUCUCAAGCUGUCAGUUUAAAUCAUCUGUAAGUCAUACCAGAAAAGUGGAAAAUCCUUCAGGAAGUCUGCCCAAGAUUGGACCUGCACCUCUUGCUGUUCUUUCUCCUUUCAAGCAGAGCUCAAAAAUUAAGAGAAUGGCUGCUGCUGCUGUGUCUGCUGCCAUUGCUGUCCGGGCCAGACUCUCUGAACCUAGUGUCUACCGCUCACUCUUGGAUGCCCUGCUCAUCACACCUGUCACUAAGCCUCCUCUGCAGGCCAUCGGGCCCUCCAGGAAGUCCAUGAGUGCUCUGGAGUUGCAAAAGAGCAAGAGUGAUUCCCUGGAGGCUACCCAGCCUGCUGCUUUCACAGCUGCCUCAGUAAGGAGCAUGCCUGCCCAGCAAGAAAAUGUGGACGUGAGACCUGCUUCUGCUAGCACCACAUCUGCUGCAGCCCUCAAGCCAACGGCACCACCAGCUGCUGCCAAGUACUUGGGCUGGCAGCCUGCAAACCAAGCAGCUCCUGCCAGUGGAUGGACAUCAAACAGUAUUAAACCACCUGGAACAACUGCCCCAACUGAAAAACUGGUGACAGCACCUCAGCUAAAUGAGCAAGACACGUUGGUUCAGAAGGCAGAGCAUAUUCCAGCAGGAAAACGUACUCCCAUGUGUGCACACUGUAAUCAAGUCAUUAGAGGACCCUUCUUGGUGGCUUUGGGGAAGUCGUGGCAUCCUGAGGAGUUUAAUUGUGCUCAUUGCAAAACCUCUAUGGCUUAUAUUGGAUUUGUGGAAGAGAAAGGAGCCUUGUAUUGUGAGGUCUGCUAUGAGAAGUUCUUUGCCCCUGAGUGUUCAAAGUGCCAAAGGAAGAUACUUGGGGAAGUAAUAAAUGCUUUGAAACAAACUUGGCACGUUUCCUGUUUCGUGUGUGUGGCCUGUCACAACCCCAUCCGCAAUAAUGUCUUCCACUUAGAAGAUGGUGAUCCCUACUGUGAGACGGAUUACUAUGCUCUCUUCGGUACUAUGUGCCGUGGCUGUGAAUUCCCCAUUGAAGCCGGAGAUAGAUUUCUUGAAGCUCUGGGCCACACUUGGCAUGACACUUGCUUUGUAUGCUCAGUAUGCAGUGACAGUUUGGAGGGUCAGACUUUCUUCUCCAAGAAAGAUAAGCCACUGUGCAAGAAACAUGCUCACUCUAUCAACAUCUGAUUCUUGGAGCUCAUCUUGUGUAACAAAUGUACUGAGAAGAAAGAAAAGUUAAAAUGUCCAUGUCAAUAACUGUUCAAAAUUAUUUAUAUAUGGUUCUCUAAAAACAGAAGAGAAAUGUGCAAACUUGGAGAGGGUUAUAGACUAAUUUUUUGAGUGUUUAUUGGUUAGGGGUUUGCUUCAUAAAAAGAUAGGAAAUGGGAAUUGCACCCAAACCCAACUAUUAGAGUGCCUUUACCUCUAUACUUGACACAUUACUGCAUUGAUUUUAUGAUAUUAUGGCCACAUUUAUAUCUGCUUUAGUAUGACAGUGAAACUUCUAUGAAAAUAAAUACCUGAUAUUAGAAGUCUUGGUUAUGCUGUUGUUCAGUAAAUAGAAGGAGAUUGGCUUCAGCGAUCCAGAUCACUUUAUUGCCCUGAUGUUUUUUAAAGUGUGUCUAGAAGUAUUGCAGCUAAAUUCCUUCAAAGAGGAACUCAAAGGAAAGAUAAGAUUACAUGGAAUAUGGAGUUCAACAACUGAUAUUUUUAUCUGAUACUCAUAUACAUGAAGACUCCUGCACAAUUACAUGCACCUGUGCCUUUGGCAGUUAAAUCACUGAUGAUGAGUCUGCAAAGGACAGAGAUUUUUACAAAGCAGUUAAGUGGGGCUAUGCUGGUGGACAAGGAUAGUUUAGAAGAUGCCACUUAGAAGAAAGCAUAGAUGUGAUGCUCUUCCUUAACUCUUGUACUACCAGAACACUAGCAAAAAAAACCCAAAAAAACUGCUAGUGAAGAUCUGUUUGACAGGAUGGAAAUGUCAGAUCAGAUCUUAUAAAUAAGGGAGCAGGGAAUUACACUCUUAUAUUUGCAGUUCAGGUUUUAGAUAGUUUUUAAGUGCCUUGGAAAGGGGAAAAUGCACUGAAUCUGCAGGUAACAGUGUUUUAUAUUCAGAACGUGAGACUUUUGGUGUUGCAUGAGGGAAACUGCUGAAGUGCAACUGAGGACAUUGUUUUUCUCUCAGUACAUUCUUUACCAUGCAGCUCAUGAAUAUGUAUAUUGGUGGUGUGCCAGGUAGUAUACUGAAAACUUGCUUUCUUGCUCAGCUCUUAUGAUUUUCUUAGUUUAGGUUUUAUUUCGCUCUUUUCCUCCAGAUGUAGAGAAUAUAUUGUUGAAUAAUAUAAUAAGGACUCAGGCAGCUCAGUAUCUCUCCGUUCUUGCAAGGGAGCAGAGAGACAAUGCUGUCAUUAUGCAUUUACUGUGAGCAAGGAGACGCAGCCAGUUCUGUGGCUUGAUAUGAAUUUUGCCUCCAUAGAGAGAGUUAGCACAAGAUCUGUACCAGCUAAGUCCCACUUAACUUCAAAUUAGGGCUUAAGUGGUGUGGAGCAAUUGUAGGCAUAUAGGGAAGAGGUGAUGACCCUCUGCACGGGGUGAAUUUUGCUCCAGCAGAGUUGCACAACAGAGACAGGGGCCCUCUCGGGGCCAGAUUGGAGUCCUGAAGGAUACUGAAUUUAUGUGCUAUUUAUUCAACUGGGAUGUCAGAGCUGAAUUGUCUUUAGUGCUCUUUCCAGUAAACAUUAGAAGUACCUAUUUACUGUUUUUCUUGAGGGGUUUUUGGCUUUUUUUGUUUUUACUGAUACAAAGGACAGGUUUAUCCAUAAAACCAUGGGGAAAAUCACAAAAAAAAAAUUGUUGUGGUUGAGUAAAGCAAUUGUAAAAAGGAACAUUGACAAAAAGAGGGGGAAAGAAAACCAAAAUUGCUGUACUGAAAUAUGAAAAGAUGGCUUUCUUAUUAAUUCAGCGAGACAAGUUCAUGUAGUGGAUUGUUUCACUUUAAUUCCUGAAGUUGUUUUUCUUCAAUACUACCACAUUUCUUUUUUAACUUCUGGUGGUACAGAAGAAAUGGCAUAAAGCUGUUAAAAAUGUUUACACUUUUGUAGAUGUACCUUUUGUGAGUUUAGCUGAAUAUCAAAAGGGUGGAAGCAGACUGGACAAUGUACAGCAAUACAUGAGCCCGGUUGCUUUUGAAAUGAGGUGGAAAUGGUGAAAUGAGACCUAGAGACUAGGUUUCAGUGGAGCUUUGUUGCACAUAUAUGGGGAAAGAGGAUGGGAGUGCGCAGGAUAAGGCGUUUGGUGAUUUCUGCAAUUCAAACCUCACUGUUUGAAAGUAGGAUAGAGACUUUUCAGUUUGUCAUUGUCCUUAAAAUCAAAUUGAAUUUUGCUUAGUUUCAUAAUUUCAAUUAGAAUUUUAUUUCUUAAUCCAUAUGCUCUAGGGUUUGAAAUUUUACAGUGGUUAAUGAAUUUGAGGACAGAAGUUUGAAAGGUUCCAAUAGUACUGCUUCAUUUAGCUGCUUUGCCUUUUAAUUUCUUCUUUUAUCUAUUUGUUUAAAAUUUAAAAGGAAGCAUAGAGUCACUGAUACAUAAUGGAUAUUUAAUGGCUCUACCAACUUAUAUAAAUCCUCUAAAAGGAACAUAAUUUUUAUUGUUAUUUUAAUAAGUGAGAUUCUAGUAGAGCACUUUAUAAUAAUGCCAUAUAUCUCACUGAAUAUUUAUUACCUUUUUUUUGUUUAGGACUAUUUCGUACUGGUAUCUUUGUAUUUUGUCUUAUUUGUAAGCCUGCAUAUUUACCUCUAGAGUCUUUUGGUGUGUGAGUGUGGGUAUGUAUUUAUACAUACUUCUCUACACUUAUACGCAUGUGUGUGUGUAUUGAGAGGCAUACACGUAUAUGCACAUACACAUACUUAUAUUUGACUGCAGACUUGACAAAGCAAAAAUCAGCACCAUUGUGGAUCUCAUGAGAGAUUUCAUACAAGACAUAUUUUGAGGGAGUGUUAGAAAGUCAGGAGAGACAUGUUAGUAACCUAACUACUGUAGUUUUUUGCAUGCAUUUUCAGUCAGUAAUUAUUUUUCUUCCAAAACUGUGUCUGUAAGAGAAUUUGGUUUAACUCUCUUUGAAGGUUGGUCUUUGUAAGUGAAUAACUGAAUCACAAUGACAGUUUCAGUAUAUUGUAACUAAUUAAUUCAAAAUUAUGUGUAAAUAUAAAUGCUUAAUAUAACAAUGCAAUAAACUUAAAAGCUAAUG